AUGGCAGGGUUGCCAGAGUGGGGUCCUGAUCUUCUGCUCGGCUGCCCCAGCGAUGCCUGCGAGGCUUUCCCUGCGUCUGUCCAGCUGGUGGAAUUGCCAUUUGCUGCUGACGUGAAGGAAGUCCAGCUAUCAGAUGGGAACGAGAAGGCCAUUCAGAAUGUGCGAGGGGUCAUUGAGAGGAACAGACUGGCCGGGGUGUUCGGCUCCACCAGCGUGUCCAGCAGAGUGGUGAGGUGGGACUGUGAGACAGACAUCACAGCGUUGGAGGGACACUUCGACAUCGUAAUGUGUGCUGACUGCUUGUUUCUGGACCAGUACAGAGGCUGCCUGGUUGAUGCAAUAAGGAGAUUACUGCGACCCGACGGGACGGCGCUGGUGUUCGCCCCCGUGCGAGGAGACACCCUGGCUGAGUUCUGUCACCUGGCAGAAGGGGCGGGGCUCUACGUCCGGCGCUACGACAAGUAUGAUGAAGACGUUUGGGAUGUCCACCUGAAGAUGCUGGGCGAAGGGAAGGAGGCAUACGAUGAGAACAUCCACUACCCCGUCCUCAUCACCCUGACCCGCACCGCGGCACCAGCAUACCUGCUCUGAGAACCUGUCUGUCUGUCCAUCUGUCUCCGUCCAUCCGUCCGUCAGUCUAUAUGUCCGUCCAUCCAUGCCUCCAUCCAUCCAUUCCAGAUCCAAACCCUACAGGAGAACAGCUGAAGUGUUCUAGUAUUUUGAAGUAUCCUGAUUCACAUUGUACCUCUCUCUCUCACACACACACACACCACACACACACACCUGUCGUCAUGGCUCCCAGAUGGUGCGCCAGCUCUCUCUAAACUCCCCUCACCUCCAGUCACGUGCCAGAAAAGACAUGAAGAAGUAUUUCGACCAGGGUCACCCACCACCCACCACACACUCUCCAUACCCUCAUGCCAAACAGUCUACUGGGAUAUACCCAGCCCUCCAUCCCCUCCUCCCUCCCACCCCAGGGCCCCGCUGUGCCGCCCAGUGCACCAAUUUCAGUGCCACCCUGUCCCUGGCUCCUGUCCUGCUUGGCUGGACUGGGACGUUAUGACAGGGCCUCAGGGGGAAAUGGGGACUGUUACUUUUCUCUGCGUGUUUUUAAACGCGCAUGCGUGCGCGUGUGUGUCUCGCACACUACUCUAAUUCCAUUCCUGCUAUGGGCAGGAAUGUGGAUUACAUGGACAACAAAGAGAAUGUGUUUAUAGAAGUGUGUGUAUGACUGUGUGUGUCUGGGUGUUACACCUCCAGCUGUGGCAUUAGCCCUUUGAAGUAUUCAGAAAUAACUUUUAAUAUAUAUAUAUCUAUCUUUUUUUGUUGGUGAGGGGAUGUGAACAUUGUGGUUAUCGGUCCAGUAUGUGUGUGUUUGGUUCAGUUAGCGUGGGCUGUUGGCUUUGUGUGGGCGAGUCGGAUCUCUCUGCUCUCGUGUGACCAUGUUACUGUGCAAAACAAGAAAGUGUGCGAUGUGCAUAAGCUGCUAUCAGGCUUCCGUCACCGCCUCAGUGGACCAGGGGAAGACGCACGGCCUGCGGUACACAUCCAGAGCCUCCGAAUCCUGCUCUCCCGUCCAUGUGCAAAGAUAUGCCAAUAAUGUAUUGAUAUACAUACACUAUAGCCAUAUUGUACCGGAUCUGUUUCUAGCCUCUAGGAUGGUCUAGUGUUCUCUAGUGUGGUUCUGGAGGUUGUAGACAGACGGUCGCUGGGUGUGUAUUACGUACCAAAGGCUGAGGUUUCUUCAGAGCUGAAUGUCGUUCUGCGCUCCACUGUGAAACAUACCUCUCACUCUUUAUCAGCCAAACCUCCGUUUAAGACCUCCGACGUGAACACCAUGUGACAGACGUGAACACCAUGUGACAGACGUGA